AUGAUUAUCUAUCUAUCUAUCUAUCUAUCUAUCUAUCUAUCUAUCUAUCUAUCUAUCUAUCACAUUCUUUUCUCAUGUCAGUCCUCUCCUAUCUAUCUAUAUAUCUAUCCCAAAUCAUUAUUUAUAUCUAUCUAUCUAUCUAUCUAUCUAUCUAUCUAUCUAUCUAUCUAUCUAUCUAUCUAUCCCAAAUCAUUUUUAUAUAUAUGUGUAUGUGUUUCUAUCUAUCUAUCUAUCUAUCUAUCUAUCUAUCUAUCUAUCUAUGCAGAGCACUUCUUAUUUUUGUUUCUUUCUUUGUUUCGAUUACAAAAUUUCUUUCUUUUUCCUCCUUUCGACAUACGUCUUAACUUUCUUUCUUUCAAAUACCAUUUAUUCUUAAUUUUUUGUUUGUUUGUUUGUUUGUUCCUUCCUUCCUUCCUUCCUUCCUUCCUUUCUUUCUUUCGAAUCUCGUUUAUUCUUUCUUUCAAAUACCAUUUUUCUUUCAUUCUUUCUUUCAAAUCUUGUCUAUGCUUUUUCUAUAAACAUUACCACAUGAAAGAAUUUCUAGUCUUAUUUGCCAUACGUCCUAACGCUAUAACUCAUGAUGAAAAUAUUAAUAAUCUAUAA